AUGAACAGUAUACCUAUAAAUGUGAUAGCGACAGUGAUAAUCCUCGCCUCGUUGCCUUACAUCUCCACUCUUAAUCUACCGAGUGGGGACCCAGCACCGGGGCGUUCACCGGGACCACCUUUCGACGAAAAGUUAGAGAGCAAUAUAGAAGUGGCCGUAGACGAAACAGUUUACGACGAAAUCACGACGACCGACGAAGUUCCGACCACAGUUAGUGAAGCCAGUGUGAGUGAAAGAACGGUUGAUGCGUGCGCAUACGCCCUGUUUCCGAGUGACAGUGACAAUAUAGUGACGUUGAGUGAACGAAAUAGUGCUGUCAAUCUGUCGGUCAGUCAUUCGGUGUUUGAUAGUGAGGAGCUCGUGAGAGGAGUUGUUUAUGAUGCUGAAUCCAAAGUCCAGAUAGCCAGAAUGGUUGCCAACCUCCGACAGGAGACGGGAAAGCAAGUGGAGUAA